UGUUACUACCAGCUAUCGUUUGCUCACGAUACCCGUGUGCAUUUGCAACACCAAACAAAACUGGCACAAUGCCACGUGGACACAACUUUAGGUUGUUCUUCUGAUUUAUUCUCCAGUCUUACUCCAACCCACAACACAACCUCAUCCACAUUCUCCGGCGGAAAAGAACGUCUCUGGGUAUUACUGCUGUACGGUCGACUUUUGGCUACACAUAUGCUUUCGUCAGCUGUGUCGUCCUUGUCGGGGAUGGAAUUUAUGGAUAUUAAGGUCGUCAAGAGUACGGGUGAGGCUCAAGGAGUGGCGUUUGUGAAGUUUGACAGCGAAACGAAUGCUACACAGGCAGCACUUCGACUCCACCAAAUGGAGUUACCUCUCGGUUCAGGGAAGUUUUUACAGGCGAUUGUGAUUCUGGCACCGAGUCUGUUUACCACCACUCAUGGCAGCAGUUCAAACGGCCCCAACGAGUCCAUGCGACUGAAUCGCACAGCAGACGAACAUGUUGUAACGGGAUCUUCCGAGGAUGUUGAUUUGCGGGCUGUUGAGGCUCGUUUCGCGCGUCUGAUGCGAAGCACAGAGCAUCCCUACACCAGAGAGGGGUCGUAUGUCCACCACUACUCUUCCAUGCCUUCGCCCAGAGGAGCAGCACCGAGUGACCAGUUAUUGCCGAUGGCAUCGGACGUAUAUCAACCGACUCUUUCGAAUGAAUUCCCUAGUUCUCUGGGAGCGCACCCAGGCGUAGAGUAUUAUCCGAUGCACCUCUUGAUGUAUCCGCCACCUCCACCAUUUCAACCGUAUGCAAACUUUGGGAGGCAAGGCAACUACCAUCAACUACCGCACCAUCAAGGGUUUGGAGGAAACCUGUCUGGGUGGAUGGAAGCUGGGCCCUAUUAUCAAGGUGGAGUACCACAAUACUCGCUUUCUUGCGCACCGGAGCAAGAGAUGAUGUUUUCUGCGCCUGCAAAUGGCUCGAAUGAGGCGAGAGUCAGUGAUUCGUUUGCCGCUCCACCCAAGCCACAUUCUUCUCGUUCGUCGUCUGAGCAAAUUGAUAUCGAUGAUGGCAACAGCAGCUGCAGUAGCCAGACUUCUUUUUCUAUUCAUGUAUCAACCAGGGAGCCAUUGGAGCUCGUGACGCUGGUUAGUGCGCUGCAGGACUACCCAGGGGUAGUGUCGUUUGCGAAGGAUGAUGCUGUUGGGCCGGGCUUAAGCGGCUAUAUGAUGGAGUUCAGAAACGAAGCGCUGGCUCAUGAGGCAUUGCACAAACUGGAUGGAUCAUUGUGCGGAGGACAGAAGCUUCGAGCUGUGAAGGCAACGUCUUCAAGACAUCGAGGGGGGGGAGGUGGAAGCAAAGCUCGCACUGGCUCGGGACGUCGAAAACGACAACGUGUUGACCCACGAAGCCGGAAAUGA